ACCCGCUUGGAUCAUCCUGGUUUAUCUCAUGGGCCUUUCUUGUUCCCCACAGGAGUCUCCUCCAACAAGAUCGAGACGUGGCUGCAGGACUGUGGGUCAUCUGUGGAGAUCCUGCCAGAGGAGCUGUGCUUGCUGGGCCCCUGUGGAUGUGGGAGCAAUGGGACCAGCUUUGAGGAUGAUCUAACACUGGGAGCUGAAGCACUUCUGCUACCGAGGAAUGAUAAGGCUGCGGGCAGAGCUCUGCAGGACAAGCACCUCAAGCUCGGGCACAGCAUGGCAUCCAGCGUCCUCUCCAGCAUCACCAACAAGACCAGCUCCAGCAUCUCUGAGGUCCUGCAGUGGUGGCAGGCAGAUGCCGAAGAGAUUCUCUACAACCUGGGCUUUGUGCAGAGUGAGCCAGAGGCCAUGGCCCGCAUCCCAGCACGUUUCUUCUCAGCGCCCUCACAGGCCAAGGGCAUUGACUUCCAACUCUUCCUGAAGGCCCAAGUGCAGCGCAUGGAGAUGGAGGACCCCUGCCUGAUGCUGGCCAGUCGGUUCCAGCAGGUCCAGGCCCUGGCUGCGACAGCUGACGCGUUCUUCUGCUUGUACUCCUACGUCUCAAAGACCCCUGUGCAGCGGAUCUCACCCACUCGCCUCAUCUGGGCCUGUCCUGACAUCCCUGACAUCCGCAUCACCCCUGCCAAGCCCGAGAUCUUGUCGCCCGUGGACCGCUUGAAAAAGGCCGUCUCCAGGAUGUGCCUGUACACAUUGCCACGGGCUGGAGAGAGUCCGCGGAGCCCUGGCCAGGUGCACACCACUCAGGGCAGCCGGCCCAGCAGCCUGGGCAAGGUGGUGCAGGAGGUGCUGGAGCGGGCCAGGGAAGAACGAUUUCGGUUUGACCCAGCUGAUAUCGAGAGCUCGGAGGGGGCCACCACUGAGAUGCCUGUGGGAGCCUCGCAGUGCCAGCAUGGAGCAGAGGGAUCUUCCUUAGUGUCACCAUCCCUGCAGAUGGCUCAAAGUGUUCCCACAUGUCCUCGGCAUGGCAGUGAGCCUGCCCCACUGUGCUGUAGAGGGGAGCGAGAAUCACCACCAAGGCCAGCUCCACUAGAGACUCCAACUGGCACCAAACCAGAACAUCUAGAGUGGCCCUGUUCCCAAUGGCAGGCGAGCAGUGACAGCCCUACAACGAUAGCUCCUUCUUGGGCUCAGGGUGCUGAGGAGGCAGACGACAACCAGACGGACCCUGCAGCCACACAAGCAAACACCACCCUGUCUCCAAGGCCAGGCUGCACAGCCAUCCAUGCCAGCUGGAUGUGGGUCACCCCUGAGCAGCCAGAGGGGCUGGGAAUUGAAGGAGACUCUGGCUUUGGCUCCAGCUCCUGGGGGACCUCACCCCAGAUGAAUGCAAGGUCCACACAGUGCCCCCUACACUGCCCAGACAAGACCUCAGACCUCUGUGGAGCAUGUUCCCCUUGGUCAGGCAAGCCGAGAUCCGGAGGCAGAUGGGGCAAGCAGAGCAGGGGGCGGCCCCACACGUGCAACCGAAUGGGCAGUGAACGGAAAGAGGGUGAUGUGUCAAGGCGACAGGCUUCAGUUUUGGGAGGCAUCUCACCUCUCCAUCCCAGCUGGGCAGAGACGCGUUCCCAUGAGACUGUGGACUCCUUCGAGAUGGAAGAGCCCCUGUCCUGGUGCAGCUCCUCACCAAGCCCUGGUGUGUUUCACCUGAAGGUGCUGAGUGCCAGCGAGGAUGAUGGUGAUGCCCAUGAGGAAGCAGGUUGUUCCCUCACUCCUUCCAUGAGGGUCCGAAGAAGCGCUAUGCUGCAUGCCAACAGCGGCCAGUCCGACAGCAGUGGCUUUGUGGAGGAGCUGGUGCCCAGCCAGCUGCCCGUAGACCAGCCCCACAGCACGUCCUGCUCUCCGUUCCCCCGACCAGCGGCGGAUCUGCGUGGGACAGACCAGACGCCGUAAGGCCGAGGUGCCCCUUCGGACUCAGAUCACACCGACUAUGACUCCAGCACCACCAGGAGCCACAGAUGGGUCAUAGCCUGGUGCAAGAAGGAUCCUACCACUGCAUUUCAAACACAGAGACUAUCCCUAUGAGACAGCCAGCCAGGGACCGAGCACAGCGUGUACACCUGUGUGUGCGUGUGCAUGUGUAUGCACGUGUGUGUGUGUGUGUGUGUAGAGGCACCUUCUGGGUGUCUGACACAGAAGAUCUUUUGACUCAGGACUUUUGCUCAAAUGACACGAGCAUCCCUCCUCCUCCCAACCUGCCAGAUGGCACGGGGCCACGGCUUGGCGGGUGCCAAGGCGGGGUGGGGCACCUUGCUCAAGGCUGCCAGUGCCUCCAGCAGGCAGAGCCAUGGCAUGUCCUUGGCACAAGAGGAAAGGAGUGGGGAUGUCUCCCCUGCCCCGUUUUUUGGGGCCUCACUAGCACUUUGGAAACGGUAUGUUACACAUGCUGUAGCACUUGUAACACUAGGAUGGGGGGGAAGAGCCAACAGCACACUGGAAA